AUGAAGGAAGAACCGCGCGACGCCGUAGCCACAGAUGCCGUUGACGAUGCAGUCAUAGAGGAGAAGGAGCCGGAAGAGGGGGGUCUUCGUGCAUGGCUUACCGUUGUUGGUUCGGCGCUGGUGUAUUUCGCUUCGUUUGGCUUCAUGAACAGCUUUGGUUACUUCCAGGAUUUCUACCAAGAUGACUACCUGGCGAACUACUCUUCGUCCACCAUCGCCUUCAUCGGAACACUCCAGAUCUCUCUAAUGUACGUCGUCGGACCUGUCGCUGGCGCACUAUUUGAUGCGUAUGGAUUAAAGGGCGUCCUUUUCGGUUUGACGGUCGCAUUUGGGGUUCAGCCCGCGCUCGCCGCGGCAGGCCAGCACUUCAAGCAGCGACGCGCGCUGGCCAUGGGCGUGGUCGCUGGUGGCAGCAGCAUCGGCGGCGUCUGCCUACCAAUUAUGUUCUCGCGCAUCGUCCCGAAGAUCGGCUUCGGCUGGUCGAUCAGAGUCGCCGCGCUGCUUUUCCUGUUCUGCUACCUGACUGCCAUUCUCAUAUCGCGGACCAGGCCAGCCACCAAGAAAGCCCAGGCCGCCCUAAGCGGCAACCUGCUUGAUUUCCACGGCUUCAAGGAUCCCAGAUAUCUCACUCUAGCAAUCGGAAGCUUCGUCGCCAGCCUGGGCCUGUACGUCCCGUACUACUACAUCGAAUCCUACACCGUCCUCCGCCACCCCUCGGCCUCUAUCCACAGCUAUCUCCUGCCGCUUAUCAACGGCGCCAGCUUCUUCGGCCGCAUCAUCGGCGGCUUCCUGGCGGAUCGCGUGGGGCGGUUGAACCUGCUGUACCCGAUGACGCUGGUGUCGGGCGUCUUCUGCCUGACCAUGUGGCUACCGACGGGCACCGAUGUCGCCACUGUUAUCGCCUUCGUGUGCCUCUACGGCUUCUCGUCCGGCAUCUUUAUUAGCGUUACGCCCGCCGUCGUCGCGCAGAUCUCGCCCGACGACCGUAUUGGCGCGCGGAUUGGUGCUUUUUUCACGCUGGCGGCUAUCGCGACGUUGAUUGGGACGCCGAUUGCCGGGAGUUUGGUGGAUAAGGAGGCGCAGGAUGGGUAUAGGAAUUUGAUUCUUUUUGCGGGUCUGACGCUGACGAUUGGCGGGGCGUUUCUUCUUUUUGCAAGGAUUCUGUGCGAGAGGGACCUGAGGAGGAAAUUUUAG